AUGGAGUUUCUCGAGCGAUGGGUAUACAGCCUACCGACGCCGGCAAAACGGACGCGCGACAAACCCAUGAAGGUGCUUGCACUGGGCAUGUCACGGUCGGGGACAGAGUCUCUCUCGCGUGCUCUCCGCAUCCUGGGGUAUGAUCAUGUCUUCCACGGCUUCGAAAUGUGGGAAAGCACGCCAAUGCUAUGGCGGUCGUGGACGAUGCUCGGCCGACGGAAAUGGGGCAAUGCCGGCCCUGGUGAUGGAACGCCAGGCAUUACCAGGGAGGACUUUGACAACUUGCUCGGACAUUGCGAAGCCAUCACCGACCAGCCAGGUUCCCUCUUUGCGCCGGAAUUGAUCGCCGCAUAUCCCGAAGCCAAAGUGAUUCUCAACCGCCGCGACGUCGACACCUGGUAUCCCAGCCUCUGCACUGUGCUUCGCCCACUGACGACCGGGGUGUUCUAUCGUGUACUGCCCUGGUUCAAUGCCGACCUGUAUUGGGAGGCACGGUAUGUUCAGGGCUGUUUGAAACCUUUCUUUCACGGGUCUUGGGAACAGCACGGGAAAUGGGUCUAUGAGCAGCACAGUGCCACCAUCAGGGGAUCAGUCCCGUCUGAUCGGUUGCUGGAAUGGACUGUGCAGGAUGGCUGGGAGCCUUUAUGCCGGUUCCUAGAGAAGGAUGUCCCUGCAGAAGAAUUCCCCGAUGGCAAUACCGUGGACAAGACUCUCGGUGCCCAUAACAACAAUGUAGACAGAUGCGUCGCCGCCGCGGUCCGUAACCUGACUAUCUCAGUAGUCUGUGUUGGGGUUGCGGUCGCAUAUGGGUUGGGAGGUCAUCGGGUCGAUUGGCAGCGAUGGGUUAACUAUCUCAACAUCGCGAGCGUAUAA